AUGUCAUGUACUUAUUCACGAUUGCUUGUUCGUCAUCAUUGGCUUGUACUUGGUUUUGUUAUUUUCAUUUCAAUAAUAUUAACAAUUAUUGGUAUUGCUUUUACACAAUUACCAGAUUUUUCCGAUCCAAGAAAUGGAUGGGGUGCUCGUGGUAAAGGUACAAUAUUUUCUCAAUUAAUGGUUUUAAGACAUGCAUCGGAAAAAUUUCGUCUAGCAUAUGAAUUACCAUUAGAUAAUUAUGAAUUAUUUGGUGCAUAUAAUCAAUUUUCAAAUGUAAUCGUUGAUGAUCUUGAUGAAGAUUCAUAUCGAUCAGAUAUACUUGCCAAGCAUGAUUUAUGGCGAAAGAAAAAUUCGAAGAAACAAAAUGAUGAAUUAAUUGAUUAUAAUAAUUUAAAUGAAAAUUUUUAUGAUAACGAUGAUGAUGAUGUACCACCAGAUUAUGAAGAUGACUAUUCUCAAUCACCAUCAUUACUUUAUCAAUGGAAUCGUGAUAGACAUUUUGAUGUUGAUACUACAAUUACAAAAUAUGUUGAUGAUAAAAUGAUUAAUAUUACUGUUUCAGAAUUUGUUAAAAAUUUACCACGAUUUAAUGAAAAUAAUUAUAAAUCAGCUAGAUUACCAUUUGAUCUUUUUCGACCAUAUGCAUAUUUACUUGAAGAAAAAUAUCGUGGUCGAGUAGGUCGUGAUGGUAUGAUUGAAUUCUAUAUUGAACGUACGCAAUCAUCAGAUGAUUUACUUUCUAUUAAACAUUUACAAUCAAUAUGUCAAUGGGAAAAAAAAUUUAAACAUCUUCUUUCUCUUAAUUCAAGCCAAAGUCUUUCAUUAGCAACAUUUGUUGCAUUAUAUUCAGCAAAAAAUGAUUGUCGAUUAAUUACAUCGAAUGAUGUUGAACAUUUUCGUUCAAUACUUCAUACAUGUUUACCAUAUUAUUUAAAUGGUUAUAUGGAUAUUCCAUUAAGUGAUACAUUUCUUAAUCGUGUUAUAUCAGAACAUCAACAAGGUCAUUUUACUCAUCAAGAACAAAUUAAAGCGGUUUAUACAGCAUUACGUCAUACAUGUUUUUAUAAAAAUAUAACACGUUUUAUAUUCGAUCAUUUUGUUGAUAAACAAUUUUUAAAUGAAUUACAACAAUCAAAAACUGAUUCAAAAGUUUCAUUAUCAAUGAUAUUUAUAUCAAAUUAUAAAAGUAUUAAAUACAAUCGUACACGUGAUCAGGUAACAUGUUUAAGACGACGACCACAUUCAAUAAAAUAUUGUGAAGAACGUGGUUGUAUGAAAGAUUAUCGAAAUAAAUUAUUAGUACAAGCAUGUGCAAAUCGAGCACCACCAUCAGGUAGUUGUUCACAAUAUUGUCAAUGUAAAUUUCAAUGUCGAAAUGAAACUGAACAAACUGUUUUAAUAACACCAAUUUAUAAAGUACAUGAAUUAGUUGAUUUAUUUGAAAAAUAUUUUGCUGGUAAAAGACAAUUACCAACAUAUCAAGAUAAAUUUAUUAAAUUAAUUGCAUUGAAUUUUGCUAAUGUUCGAGAACGAGCUGCUAUGGCAAGAAUAUCUGAAGAUAUGCUUCUUGUUUUAAUUGCAACGGCAUUAAUUGUCGGUAUAACAGUACUUUAUUUACGAAGUGUUUCAAUAGCUUUAGUUAUUAUUAUUGGUGCCGCUUUAUCAAUUGGUGUUAGCUAUUUUAUUUAUCGUGUUAUUUAUCGUAUACCAAUAUUUCCAUUUAUGAAUUUAAUGUCAGCAUUUAUAUUAAUUGGCAUUGGUUGUGAUGAUAUAUUUCUUUUCUUUGAUACAUGGGAUCAAGAAAAAGCUGAAUGGUUAAAGAAAUAUCAGGAUAGACAACAGACAGAAGUUAAUAUUCCAUUAACUGAAAUAAAUAAUGAAAAACAAAUAAAGAAAAAGAAAUUAAAAAUUCCACCUAAUGCAUUUCAGUCACGUCAUCGUUUACUUGUAUUUAAUGAUCCGGAAGAAAUGAAAAGAUUAUUAUCAAGUGAAGAAGCAUUAACAGAAAUUAUGGCUAAAACAUUGAAACAUGCAGCAUCAUCCAUGUUUGUUACAUCGUUUACAACAUCAGCAGCUUUUUUUACUAAUAUGUUAACAAAUAUUUCAUUUGUACAAGUAUUUGGUGUUUUUACUGGAACAUGUAUUUUACUUUAUUUUGUUAUUACAGUUACAGCUAUUGCUGCAUUUGCUGUCAUUUAUGAAAAAUAUAUUCAAAAUAUUUUAUCACGUUUACUUUCUAUUCGUCUAACAAAUGUUGUUGACACAUCAUCAAGUAGUCCAUCAGUUAAAUUAUGUCGCCGUCUGGCAACUGUUUGCCGUGAUAUUCGAAGUUAUAUUUUUGGUCAUUUCAUACCUGUGAUUAUUAUUAAUUUACGUUAUUUAUUAGUGUUACUAUUUUUACCUAUGGGUAUUUUAGGUCUGGUCGGAGUUUUUCAUUAUCCAAAAUUACAAGUUCCAUCAACACAAAAAGUUGCUUUCUUUUUAAAAGAUAAUCCAAUGGAAAUUUAUGAAUUUACAAUGAAAAAGAUUUUUAAUGGAUAUUCAAAAGAAGAGAAACGUUUAUUUGCUUAUCCAGCUGUUUCAUUUAUAUUUGGCAUACGUGAUAUUGAUGAUGGAUAUAUAUUUGAUAUGAAUGAUCGUGGUCAUCUUCAUUUAAUGCCAGUUCAUUUAGAACGUCAUACUACAUUAGAUUUUUUCAAACGAUUUAUAUCAGAUUUAGGUACACGUCCAGAUUUAUUUGGUUCGAAUUAUGAUUUAGACAAAGAUUUUGAAUCAUUUUAUGAACUUACUACAGAAAAUAUUUUAAUAGCAAAAGUAGCUGAUGAUCGUGCUAGACAAAAUUUAUCAGAAACAAAUCAUUUAAAUAUGAUUAAAUAUUUAUCUAAAAUAAAUACAACUUUAAUACAAAAUUUAGUAGAUGAUACAGUUCAAACAAUUGGUUAUAAAAUUGAAAAUGAUGAAUCAGAUCAUGAAGAUUAUAUUGAUCCAAAAUCAAAAAAAAUUAAUAGGAACUUAAAAAGAAUUAGUUUAAAACAAUUGAAUAAUCAAACAAAUCCAAUUAUUGCUUAUUCAAAUUAUAGGAAAUUAUUUAAUAAAACUUUAGAAAAAUAUUAUAAAGAACAGAUUCAACGUACUUAUGAUCGAAACGAAAUUCGUAUUUAUUUAAAUGGAACAAUACGUGAUAUACUUACUCAGGAAUAUCAUCGUGCAGCAUUAAAAACAGCUAUGCAAUGUUUAACCGGUGAGGCUGGUGCCAAUAAUGUACCACCUGAUUUCUGUGAACGACAACUUAAUAAACAACGUUCUGUUAAUUGGGCUGUUUUACCUGAUAAAAUAUCACCAAUUGAUGGAAGUGUUCGACCAUUUGCCAUUAUUAUUACUAUUCGAGGUGCACUUAAUCGUACAAAUUAUGAUUCAUACAAUACUUAUUAUUUCAAAAUAAAAAAUUUCUUUGAUCCAUAUAUAAAAAGACAUGCACCAGAACAUUUACAACAUGCAUGGUUUUCUUCUCCUGGUUUUGCAUUUUAUGGUGUUCAACGUGAAUUACUUGUUGGUUCCUAUUCUUCUCUUGUGGCAUCACUUGGUAUUGCAUUACUUGUACUUUUUCUUACAUCAGGCAAUUUAUUUAUUGCAAUCUAUGCCUUAAUUACAAUUACUUUUGCUAUUGCUGUUAGUGUUGCUACAUUUGCUGCAUUAAAAUGGGAAUUAGGAAUUAUUGAAGCUAUUAUUGUUAUUAUGUCUGUUGGACUUUCAGUUGAUUUUGUUGUUCAUUUUGGUGUUGGUUAUAUUCAUACAGAUUCAACAGAUAUUGAACGUGAACGAAAAAAGAUUAAAAAUCGUUAUAUAUCAUCAAUAUCAGUACCAGCAGAAUCUGCUGAUAAUCAAGAAGUACAAACUUCUCCAAAAAUUAGUUCUUAUCGUUUAUUAUACAAAGAACAUCAAAUCGAACGUGAAACACGUGUUACUGAAUCUAUAUCACGUGUUGGUUCAGCCGUAUUUAUGGCUGCAUUUACAACAUUUGCAGCUGGAUUUUCAAUGACAUUAUCAGCACUUACUUCAUUUCGACAAAUGGGACAAUUUUUAAUGACAAUAAUGUUUAUGUCAUGGGUAUUUGCAAUGUUUUUCUUUUUACCUUUAUGUGCUAUUAUUGGACCAGUUGGUAAAUGUGGUUCAAUACCAUUUACACGGAUCAAAGAAUUUUGUAAACGAUGUUUAUUAUGUUGUCGUCGUCGUCAAACUUCAAACAAUGAUAUUGAUGAAUGA